GAGCGGGGCCCGGGCGGUGGCGGCGCAGGCGGCGGGCCGGGCCCGGGAGGCGGCGGGCUGGGGCGGUCGGGCCGGGCGAGGCGGCGCGGAGCGGGCUGGACCGCGGCGGGCCGGGCCGGGCCGGGCCGGUAGCUGGGCGGCGCGGCGAGCCCCGGUCCCCGGCGGGCAGCGCCAUGGCGGAAACGAUCAUAAUCCGCGUGCAGUCACCGGAAGGAGUGAAACGCAUCACGGCCACGAAGCGAGAAACGGUGGCGACGUUCCUCAAGAAGGUUGCAAAAGAAUUUGGUUUCAGGAAUAAUGGGUUUUCUGUCUACACCAAUAGAAACAGGACAGGAGAGAUCACAGCGUCGCAAAACAAAUCCCUCAACUUACUGAAAAUCAAGCAUGGUGAUAUGCUGUUCCUCUACCCCUCGAGCCCGGCCGGCUCCUCCUCAGAGACCAUGGACACCUCCGUCUCCCAGGGCUUGCGACCUGUGGGAGCCCCCCAGGUGGUGGAAGAUGAGAUCGACCAGUAUCUGAUCAAACAGGAUGGGAAAAUUUACCGAAAUCGAGACCAGCAGCUGUGUCGCCACGGCCCCUUGGGUAAAUGCGUGCAUUGCGUACCACUGGAGCCUUUUGAUGAGGAUUAUUUAAACCAUCUGGAACCUCCUGUGAAGCAUAUGUCGUUCCAUGCCUACAUCAGGAAGCUGACCGGAGGGGCAGACAAGGGGAAAUUUGUUGCCCUGGAAAACAUCAGCUGUAAGAUCAAAUCAGGCUGUGAAGGGCACCCUCCAUGGCCAGAAGGCAUUUGCACAAAGUGUCAGCCAAGUGCCAUCACUCUCAACAGACAGAAAUACAGGCAUGUUGACAACAUCAUGUUUGAGAACCACACAAUUGCAGAUCGCUUCCUAGACUUCUGGCGGAAGACAGGAAACCAACAUCUUGGGUAUCUGUAUGGCCGGUACACAGAGCACAAAGACAUCCCUCUGGGGAUCCGGGCGGAGGUCGCUGCCAUCUAUGAACCCCCACAGAUUGGUACGCAGAACAGCCUGGAGAUCCUGGAAGAUCCAAAAGCUGAGGUUGUGGAUGAGAUUGCUGCAAAGCUUGGACUGAGAAAGGUUGGCUGGAUAUUUACUGAUCUGGUCUCUGAAGACACACGGAAAGGGACUGUUCGAUACAGCAGAAACAAGGACACGUAUUAUCUAAGUGCAGAAGAGUGCAUCACAGCUGGAAACUUUCAGAACCAGCAGCCCAACAUCUGUCGCCUCUCUCCAGAUGGUCAUUUUGGAUCCAAGUUUGUCACAGUUGUGGCUACAGGUGGUCCCGACAACCAGGUCCACUUUGAGGGGUACCAGGUCUCCAAUCAGUGCAUGGCGCUGGUUCGAGAUGAGUGUUUGUUGCCCUGCCGGGACGCACCGGAGCUGGGCUACGCCAAGGAGUCCAGCAGUGAGCAGUAUGUGCCUGAUGUCUUCUAUAAGGACAUAGACAAGUUUGGCAACGAGAUCACACAGCUGGCUCGCCCGCUCCCGGUUGAGUACCUAAUCAUAGAUAUUACUACAACUUUUCCCAAGGAUCCAGUCUACACUUUUUCUAUUUCUCAAAAUCCAUUCCCCAUCGAGAACCGUGAUGUGCUGGGAGAAACUCAGGACUUCCACAGCUUGGCCACAUACCUGUCCCAAAAUACUUCCUCCGUUUUCCUAGACAUCAUUUCCGAUUUCCAUCUGCUCCUCUUCCUGGUCACGAACGAGGUCAUGCCUCUGCGGGACAGCAUCAGCUUGUUGCUGGAAGCCGUGAGGACCAAGAACGAGGAGCUUGCACAGACCUGGAAAAAGUCAGAGCAGUGGGCCACCAUCGAGCAGCUCUGCAGCACAGUCGGUGUCCAGAUCUCAGGACUACAGGAGUACGGUGCCAUGGGCGGCUCGACGCACGCCGUGUCGGCAGCCAUGUGGGCCUGCCAGCACUGCACCUUCAUGAACCAGCCGGGCACGGACCACUGCGAGAUGUGCAGCCUGCCCCGGACCUAACCACGCCGGUGUGGCGGCAGACUCCAAUACAGAGCAAACCCUCGAGCAGCAGGAGUGGUGCUUGUCCCUUCCCCGCCCUCCCUUCCGCUUCCCCCCCAUCAGGGCCCUGGGGUGCGGAGCUGGGCCGAGGGUGGCUCCAGCCCCCCCAGUUACUCCUUGCUCCCUUUUGGGGCAGCCCUAUAGUCGCAGCAGGAACCGGGUGCCCCGACUUUAUCUUGACACUGGCCCCUGGCCUGGGAACCCAAUGCUUAACCUCAGCCUUCGCCCAGCGGGGCCGGGCUGUCCCCCCCCCACCUUCAGCUGCUGUCUGGGCAAGCGCUGGGGGCUCGGGGGGGCUGCAGCCAGCCAGGGCCCCUCCCUGCCUGCCUGCUUGCCUGCCCAAAGCAGCAGAGGUGACGGGGAGGCCGCAGCAUCUCCCUGCCCACAGCUUUGCUCCCCUUCCCCUGCGGGUCGCUGCCGCCAGCCCUGGGUGCCUACAGCUUUUGCUGAGCGGCCGAGGAAGAGCGAGCAGACGAGCGUUCGCAGUGCUGGGCCAGACGGCAGCUCUGCCAGGCUGGGCCCCGCGUGCUGGCAGCGCUCCCGGAGCAGGACAGGCCCCCCCUUGGCACCGGGCAAGGGGUGACCGUGUGCCAGCUCUUGGCUUGGCACCGCUCCCGCAGCACGCACAGCACUGAGCCGCGCUCACUCCCUCUCGUGCAGCAGAGACGUUUCGGCACCCGACGGUGUGCGCUGGGGCUGGCAUGUGUGCGGCUGCCAGCUGAGUGCCCGUCCUGCCCGUUCACCGCGGGGGCUGCGGGAGGGGUGUCCCCCCUCACUAUGUGCCGUGUCACCCCGCAGAGAGCGGUUUGGCUCCUGGGGAAGGUGCGAGGCUGUGCAGGGGGAGCUGCCUUACUCGGGCAUCCACCUCCCCUCCUGUGUGCUGUGGUGCUGCGAGGGAGCCAGCUGGGGCCUGUUGGGGCUGGGCAGGGGACAGGCAGCUGCUCACGGUGUCCCAGGGGCUCGGCCCUCCUCUUGCGGGGCCGCUGACCCCCUGCCUGGCACUGCCACUUGAAUCCCCAGGGCACCAGUUCCGGCACUGCCCUGUGCCCUCCUCAUAGGAGGGAGUAAGGCCUCAUCCUGCACCAGAACAGCAUCACCCCUGCCUUCUCCAGCUGGGCAGUGGGGCAGGCAGGGACCCUCUUUGCACAUCGCGGGGCGGGCAGGGACCCUCGGCACCCCCGUGCCUGACAGCUUUUCCUGCCCCUCGCUGCUGCCGGCGAGCGCCCGCCCAGGGUCUGCCGAAGGCUUCAUCCCACCGGUGUUACCAGAGUGGUCGCCCAGCCCCACCGCGGGGUUCACGGGCUGCGGUUUGCUUUUUCCCCUCAGUUUGUUGGUGUUUGGGGUUGCAGCGGUGUGCAGUGCCUGCACCGGACUGACCCGGGCGCUGGGUCUGCAAGUAAUGUUGAAUAAAAGCACCUGAAACGAGA